AUGUCGUACAUUGCAGAGUUCGUGCAGGAUCAAUACCUGUUCAUCGGUCCGGUGUCGAAGGACUUCAGGCGCGCGUGGGGGCCACGAGCUACGGUAACCCGACCCGUGGUGGCUGACACCUCAGUCAAGCAGCUCAGGUGCUGCUUGAAGCUCGACCUGCCCUUGCGCAUCCGACGAACAAGCAUCUGCAACGCCGCUGCCCGUUUCGGCAGACUAGACCUCCUUGAGCUUGCGCAAGAGAGCGCUUGCGGGUGGACCCCAGCGACUUACGCAUGCCAGCUGGCCGCCCUCGGAUGUCACGCCCGGGUCCUGAAAUGGUUGAGGUCCCCAACCGAGAACUGGCCGACGGGGAGAGUGGCCCCGAAUGCGUGCCCUUGGGACGAAUGUGCUUGUGCCGAUGCUGCGCUAGCCGGGCGUCACGACGUUGUGGAGUGGCUUCGGGAUAACGACUGCCCUUGGGAUGGAAGGACGGCCGCACUAGGCGGAUUCUUCGACGGCCUUCAGUCGGCAUUUGCUCAAGGAUGCCCUUGGGACAGCGAAUCCUGUUCCUGGGCCGCUUGCAGAGGAGAUUUGCACAUGCUGGAGUGGCUCCGGGAAAACGACUACCCAUGGGAUCUAGCAGGUGAAGGAGGUCCAUGCGCCGGGGCUGCACGUGGCGGCCAUCUUGAACUAAUAAAGUGGACAAGGAGUAAAGGAUGUCCAUGGAACGAGCGGACGUGUGCAGAGGCAGCAAAAGGCGGGCACCUAGAAGUGCUACAAUGGGCAAGAGAGAAUGGGUGCGACUGGAACAGCGAAACUUGCGCGGGGGCUGCCUGGGGACAGCACCUUGGGGUUUUGCGCUGGGCGCGAGGGGAACGGGUGUCCUUGGGAUAG